ACAUGUGUAUUAAAAGAAAACAAUUGUUUUUUAUGAUUAAAUGGAACAAAUAAUAAAAUAAAGCUAACGAAUUAAUUAAUUAAUUAUCUUUAAACAAAUUUGUGUCAAAUACUUUUUGUAUAUAUUGUUUGUGUAUCUUCAUCUUUUAUAUACGAAAAUUCAAGACAAUUUUCUCCAAAAUUCAAUUUAACAAUACAAAAACAUUGAAACAAAAUGGCUGCUACUAGUGCAGGUCAUUUACAGCCACAACAACAGCAGCAGCCAACACAACAGCAACAACAAAAAAUGAAUACCGCAGCUGCCACAAUGAAUGGUAAUAUAAAUAGAAAUACGCCACAGCAGCAGCAGCAACAACAACAGCAGCCACAAAUACAUAAUUUACAACAGCAGCAACAUGUAAUGCAACAAUAUGCUUUAAAACAGCAACAACAGCAGCAUAAUUACAAUAUGCAACAACAUAUGCAUCAACAGCAAAUGAUGCAGCAGCAACAACAACAGCAGCAUAUACACCAACAACAAAUGCAUUUAAAAAUGCAACAACAGCAAAUGUUUCAAAAUCAAUCGUCACAAGAUGCAUCAACAAAUAUGAUGCCUUGUCAAAACUAUAUGACACCCAUGCCACAAACUCAAAAUAAAUUUGCAGGCAACUCUUACAACAAUAAUGCAACGGCUCAAAUGCCGUCACAUUAUCAAAAUCAAUUUCCCAAUAAUCAAAGAUCUAUGCAACAAAAUGGCAACUUACCAACUGGCUUGGUAAAUGGUAACAGUGCCAAUAAUAGUAAUAUGAAUAGUCGAGCAACAUGUAUACCACCCAAUGUGGUAGCUCCCUCAGCUAAUCAAAAUAUUUAUCCACAUCAAAGUAAUAACAAUAAUAAUUGCAACAUGAUGCCGCAACAUAAUCAUAACAAUAAUAUGAUAGCACAUCAACAACAACAGCAAAACUCCUGUUCAACACAUUAUAACCAACAACAACAACAGCAGCAGCAACAACAAUCACAAAAGUUGCAACAAAUGCCAACACAAACAGAUUUGAAAAAUGUCAAUCACAUUAAUGCUCGACAUCAAUUACAAACUAUGCAUACAAAUACUAAGCAACAUGUUGCUAAUAACGAUAAUAACAAUUGUAAUACUAAUUGUAAUGCUAAUUGCAAUACAAAUAUAUCCAAUAAUCAUUUCAAUGCAAAUGGAUUAAAUUCAAAUGGUUUAAAUUCCAGCAACAUUAACGCCAACGCCAAUGCCAACAACAAUCACAAUCAUUCAAUGUUAUCGGAAGUUAAAGCAAAUAUACCACAUGGUUGGCGUCGUCUUACCAACAAUAACAAUGAAAUAGUUUACAUAAGUCCAACUGGCUCUACUUUGCGUUCACCAUUUCAAAUAAAGGAUUACUUAUUGUCACCGGGUACCUGUAAAUGUGGUCUACCAUGUCCAUUGCAACCAGAAUAUUUCUUCGAUUUCAAUGUUCAGGUUCCUAAUACGCCACUAACAAUGCCAGCAUACCAAAAUAAUAAUAAUAAUAAUGACUUUAAUGUCUCCACAUCAAACUCCUCAAUAACAACACAGUCUACAACAUCGACGUCGUCAUUUCAUGCCUCUUGUUCUUUGCAACAAUCUGCGCUAACGACGUCUACAGCGCCAUCUGGUGCAUUUGUUGUACCACCCAUGGAUACAUCAUCGUCAUCAUCCUCAUUAUCCUCGUCCUCGUCAUUAUGUUCAACAGCAACAAUACCGUCAGCUACUUCACCGUCAUCUUUAACAUGUUUGCAUCUAAAACGUUUUCUCGAUUGUCAACAACUACAUGCACAUCCCAUGGAAUCGUUUAAUAAAGAUGCCAAACGUCGAAAAGUUGCCAACACAGAGUCUAUACUUGAUAAUAACAAUGCCAAUACAACAUUUUCCCCCGCCACAACAACAGCAACAACAUCAUCCACAACGGAUUCAAAAUCAAUAUUUACUUCAGAUGUUAGUGGUUUUGGUGGACAGCAACAAACUAGUCAUAAUUCAACAUUUAAAAUGCUGCCACCACCACUCCAGCAACAACAGCAGCAGCACCAACAACCGUUGUCAAAUCAUCAUCAACAAAUGCAGCAACAACAACAACAAUAUAUGAUAACAAAUCCCACUUACAAUAACAAUAGUAUGAUGGAAAGUGCUAAUAAAACAUGGCCCAAAGAUGAUAGAAUGUUACCAACGCCGGCAGCAUCAGCCGCAUUAACACAACAUGAAUCAGAAGCUUCAUCGCACAUGACGAAUGAUGACAGUGAAAAUAUACAAUGGUCAUCGAAUUUGUGUAAUAAACCACAAGUUACAUGUCAUACAAAGCAACAACUAACAACGUCAGCAUCUGAUUCGCACAAUAAAGAACACCAACAGCAUCAGCGACAGCAAAUGGAUCACACAUCCCUGUAUAAAGAUGACCUCAACGGUUAUUUACAGCAACAAACGACAUUGGUACACAAUUCAAUGAUGAAUUUAGAAACUGUUCAAGAGGAAUCUGUGGCAGAAGGUGACCAAGAAGGUGAAUUGGAAGAUGAUGAUGAGGAAAAUGGAGAAGAAGAUGAAGAAGAAGGCGAUGAGGAAAUAGAUGGCGAUGAAGAGGAUAACGAUGAAAAAGAGAGUUCACGUGAACAACUUGAAGAGGGUGAGAUAUUAAAACCUGCCAACACUUUGACAGAUUGUAUUACAAAUCCAGAGCUUGAGGAUGAAAUGGAAGAAAAUACUGUAGGAGAUUUUAAUGAAGACGAACCUGAAGAAGAUGAUGAAGAAGGGGAAGAUGAUGAGGAAGAAGAAGAGGAAGAGGAGGAGGAGCAGGAAGAAGAAGAUAAUGACUGUGAAACCCAAACCGUUUUAAAUGAACAAACUGUGAUUGAUAAAACUUCUUUAGAUGUUUCAAAUAAUAAUAGCCUCUUAAAUACUAGUAAUACCCUUAAUUUCUACCAAAUGCCAAAUUCUCAAAAUCAAACUAUAAAACAACACAAUUUCACCAAUAUUCAAAAUAUUGUGUCACCUAGUCAAACUGCUAUUUCGAAUAAGUUUUCCUUUAGUAAUUUAAAAAAUUCAACACAAGUUACCCUAAACACACAGCAGAAUCUCUUUAAACAGCAACAACAGCAGUCCUCGGUUAGAACCCCUAUAAAACUUAUACCUACUGCUCAAGAAUCUCCGGUUUCCUCUAGCACUUUGGGAGGACCACGUUCCACACCCGAUCUACAACGCAACACACCAGAUAAUACCAAAAAACCCGAGCAAGUGGGAGCUAUAUCCACAAGCAAUGAAAGUCCAAAACCUUGUCCAGCUUCACCGGCUGGUUCAAUAGAAUCGAGCAGUUCAAAAAUAUCAAAUUCUAAGGCAGCGCCUUCCCCCUUACCCUCACCAAUUACGACGCUUCAUUUGAAGCCCCAGCAGCAAGGAUCUCUGCAAAAACAUCCGCAGCAAGUUCGUAUUUUGAGACAUAUAAAAAAUGCCGGACAGAUACAGCAAUUAACACAGCAACAGCCACAUCGACUAGUAGCUACUAAUACUUCAAGAGCUACUGUCACCACCAUCGCUGGGAAUAGAGGAGCAGCCACCACCACCACUACUACCUCCUCAUCUGGACAGCGCAUUAAUCCUACAGCACCACCCACUAUAAAUCAGAAAAUACAGGCAACUGUGCAAAAAGUUACCGCCAAUAGCACCACUAGCAUACCUAUCAGUCAACUGCAGCUGCAGCCUUUGCUAAGGUCCAACGAUAAUACAGGAAAUUCUCAAAUUAUUAUGACUUCCACUGGUCAACUUAUAGUUAUGCCGUCCUCGAAUAAUAAACCACACAUACAACAACAGCAGCAAGUGAUAAUUGCUAGUGGCAAUGCGACAACAACAACACAAUCACAUGCAACAACAAAUGUAAUUAUACAACAACAGGGCACUCAACAAAUGGAUGUCUUAAACAAUACAGGACAAUUGGCGACUGCCACACUGCAGCAGCAGUCCAACGGUGGCUACAUCGUGUCACAAACUGCAAACACGCAAGCUUCUACUACACAACUACAACCCACUACAGUCAUUUUGAAUUCGGGACAAAAUCUAAUUACUAACAAUGGUACCAAAGUUUUAACAAAUACCGGCAACAUAAUACACACAGCCGGUGCACAACCCAUAAUUACAACAGCAAAUCAAUUGCUUACCACACCAUCAAAUACAGGCAAUGCCACAAAUGUGUUGGGCCAACAGACAGUUGUAUUGAAUGCUCUUCCUAAUGGGGGCUAUGUUAUACAGCAACAACAACCACAAGCUACACAAGCGACAACACAACCUCAGCAGCAACAAUUCACCACCUUGGACAGUCAAGUAGUACAACAUUUGGUGCAACAACCUGACGGACGCAUUAUAAUAACUUCUCAAAGUGAUCCAAAAAGAAGACCUAAGAAACGAAAAACUUCCCCUGUACCAACAGCCAAUCCUACAAAUAUUACUACACAAAUAUCGCCUACAAUACCAAAUCAAACUGCUGCUUUACUGCAGCAACAUGUAGCUAAUCUGCAAGCUGCUACACCUGCAGCUCAAGCAGCAAAUCAACCGCAAGUAGUACAGCUUACCACAGCACCAGCCGUAAAUGCAGCUACUACAGCAACUUAUCCCCAGCAGUUCCAGUUGGGUAAUGGCAUACAGGGUAUAGUGGUCAAUAAACCGGCCUCAACAACCACAACUACACAACCCCAACAGAUUUUACUGCAAAAUGGUCAAAUUAUACAGCCCAUGAAUUUAAUUGGUCAACAAUUAAUUUUGCCCUCCGGUUUAGUUAUGGCUCCCGAUACUACACUCUUGCAAAUACAAAAUGUUGGUUCCUGUGGACCAACAACCAAUAUACUGACUACUACACCACAAGGAACCAUGAUGUUGAGAGCAACUUCUCCACAAACCAAUAAACAAUUUAUACAAUCUACCACUACAGGUCAGCAAUACAUUGUCGGUAGUAAUGGCCAACUAAGUCCAAUUGGUCAAAUAUAUUCUACACCCAUGGGUUUGGUAAUGCCAGCCAGUACCCAACAUAAUCCAACAGCUACGGCAACAUUCGUACAACAAAAUGCCACCAUACAAGUACAACAGCCACAUCAUCAACAAGUAUCUACGCCUCAGCAUAUAACACUGCAGGCCCUGCAGCAACAUCAGCAAAAUCAACUUAAUCAGCAACAACAACAGCAACAACAUCAUGUUGUUAACAAUCAAAUGGGUAUUGUUUUAGAAACGGCUACAUCUUCUACAACUUCGCCCAAUACCCAGUUGGCUAAUUCUCGUUCAGCAGCUGCUAGUCCUCCGGAUACUACAACUCAUAGUCCUAGAAGUCCUGAACGACCACCAAGUCAUCGUAGUGGUGGCAGUGAUAUGGUUCAGUGUGUUUCCAGUUCGGAACCAGAUGGUGGUACAGUCUCUCCCUUAAGCACUGACAGUCGUCAAUCGCCAUCGACUACAGUUUGUGAAAAAGGCAUCGUUAUGUCAACCGCAUAUCAAAAUACAAAUAUUUAUAAACCAACGGAAGCGAAAAUACGUCGUGUACAAACACCACCUCAAUAUCAGGUUGUGGGUGGUGGUGGUGCUGCUGCUUCAAGUAAUGGUAGCACAGCAGCGACUGCCACACAUAUUACUGGCUUAACAAACUUGACUCUACACAAUACAGUAAAUAAUCCACAGCAUCAUCAGGCGGAUAAUGGUGGCAGCAAUAAACCUGAUACUCAUGAUUCACCACAAAAUUCUCCCACUACAACGCUAAUGAUAACACCACCUCCGCCUCGUACACCCACGCCACAGCAACAACUAUAUCAGAUGGACUACCAGCAGCAACAACUGAAGACACCUUCCAAAAAUUCGAAUACCAAGAAUCGUAAUCGUUGUCUUAAAACCUCUCCACGUGUUGUUAAUAAAUCUUUAGAAUUAGUCGAUAAUACGCCAGUAUCGCCAUCUUCAUCUUCACCACCCUUGGCAGCCAGUUUACAACGUACUUUCUCGGUGGGUGAAUUGAUAUGGGGACCGGCUCGUGGUUUCCCCGCCUGGCCUGGUAAAGUUGUUAAGAUUCUCGACAAUCAAUCAGAAUCUGUUUGGGUUCAAUGGUUUGGCGGUGGUGGUCGUUCAAAUACCGAAAUUAUGGCAAUACAUUUAUUACAAAGUCUUUCCGAAGGUCUGGAGGCUCAUCAUAAGGCGCAAAAGGAUACAAGAAAGAGCCGAAAAUUAAAUUCCCAACUCGAAAAAGCUAUUCAAGAAGCAAUGACCGAAUUGGAUCGUAUUUCAGCUUCAUCAACCACACCAACGGGUUCGGCCAAGCAAAUUCAACAACCCACAUCAUCUACACCCCAUCAAAAUAGUCCCAAUCGUGCUAAUAAACGUCCCAUACCUCGUACUGGUGGUUAUGAUUUGAUUGCCGGCUUAAAUAACAAUACCUCAUCGAAUAUUAUUUCAACAACAACGGGUUCCUCGCAACCCAGACACAAACCUAUACGCAUAGCACCAGCACCGCCAGGUGGCGCUGCCAAUAAUUCACCUACAAAAUCUUCAACAUCAACAAAUAAUAUCAAUCAAAUUAACACACCAUCAUCGGCUUCAGCCGCCAAAUGACAUACUGCUCCCAAGGAUUUGAAUAAACCAGUGGUAAGUUCAAGUUCUAUAACAAAUACAACAACAUCAACUACAACUACCGUUAAUAAUGGUAAUCCACAAUUUUCAUGGUCCAUGCAGGGUUAUACUUUGGUAAUACAAAGAAAUUAAACAUAAUUGUGGUAAAAGUUUUGAUGUUGUUGUUAGAAUUAUUAUGUAGCUAAGUAAUAGCAAGUAACACGUAUUUAAAUCAUAACCUUUUUACUACUAAAUUUUUAACUGAUAAAUAUAUACAGCUUAUAAGUAUGUAUAUAUUUCUACUAAAUAUUAAAAAGCCUAAGAACUAAGAAAAGAAAAUAAAUUUAGUAGUUGAUAAUGAUUUGUUUUAAAAAAUAACAAAAAAAAUAAUUCAAUUUUGAUUUAGAACAUCUUAAAUCAACUUAAGUUAAUUGUUAUGAUUUUGUAUUUUCUAUUAAGUCUAUAGGUUCUAGAAUUGAACUAAACAGAGAAAAGAGAUCAGUUGUGAUAAUCGAAUUUGAUUAUAUAGAUAAAUGCACAGGACUUUUUGUUCUUGGCAAUAUAAACUUGUAGGUUAUGAAAUCUAGAAAGGAUAUUGGUUGCUGGAGUCGGAUUUGAUUAUAUCAACAAAAACUUUUAGGUUAUGUUUAGAAAAACUCAAGCAAACUAAAAAUAUAUUUAUCAAUAAAAAAUCAGUCGUUUUGGUAGACAACUGUCAGCUCAUAUGUCUUAAAAAUUCUCUAUAUAAUGGUACUAAUUUCGUCCUAUAGACGUCAUGAUCAGAAAUUUUAUAAAAAUAGAGGAUUAAAUUCAUUUUGUGAAUCUAUUUGGUAUAUUGUAUUUUUAGCCACAUCCGUAUGUCUCUUUAAAGUACGAUAGAAAGCCCUAGACGGAAAAUGGAAAAUAUCGUUCAACGAUUUGGCCUACACCUUAUACCUCGUCAAAAGCAAAUGUUCAAAAAACCUUGUAAUAAAGAUGAAAUAUUUGUCAGCAGUAGGCUUAAUUUAGCCACGCCCUUAUUGCGCAAGUUUUUAUACCCUAUACCACUAUAGUGGGAAGGGUAUUAUGCGUUUGUGCUGAUGUUUGUAACGCAUUAAAAUAUUAGUAAUAUACCCACCUUAAUGUAUACCGAUCGAAUCAGAAUCACUUUCUGAGUCGAUUUAACAAUAUCGUCCGUCCGACCGUCCUGUGUCCAUGUAAACGUUGUUAUCAAAGUACAGGUCGCAAUUUUUAAGAUAAUUUGAUGAAAUUUGGAACACACGUUUGUUUUGGCCCAAGGACAAAGCCUAUUGAAAUCGGUCCAUUAUUUCACCUAGCCCCCAUACAACUGAAACCCCCGAUAAGCGCUUUUGAGCUCAUAAUUAUGUAAAAUAUAAAUGUAUCUCGAUAAAAGUUCGCACAACUAAUGUUUUAUACAAGCCUUGAUGACCUUGCCAAAUUUCGAAAUGAUCGGACUUCAUUUUACCCUAGCCCUCACACAAAGCCCCCUUCAGAAAGUGACGUGUCGUAUAAAUACAAAUCUAUCCAGCCCAUUUUAUCGGGAUCGGUCCACAUUUGCUCCUUUCUUUCAUAUAAAACCUUUUUUAGAAAAUAAGUUUUUCGUCAAUAAAUUGCUUAAAUAACUCGGGAUCAAAAUUAUUUUCAAGAUUAAUGCUUUAUUAUGAAAAAUAUACCACAAUUAAUAUUUAUAACUGGUGUAGGGUAUAAUAUAGUCGGUCAAGCCACUAUGCUUUCUUAAUUAUUUUUGAUUUGUUUAAGAGAAAUAAAAGAAUGAUGUUUCUGUAUAAUUCCCUCUCAUGCCAAAUCAAUACUUGUCCAUAUGCUCUAAAUAUUGGAACCAUAAAGCAGGGUGAGCAAAUUUGGUACAAUUGUACUUUUUUGAUACAAUUCGAUUUUUAAAAGUACAAAGUAUACCAAUAAACCAACAAACAAAUGCCAAUUAAUAAUCAGAUUAGUUAAUCUAAAAAUAAAUUGAUAUUAAUGUUAAACCCCAUUUAAUGUUUUUGAGCAUAAAAUUAAAUUGUGUAUUGUUACCAACAACAGAAAACGUCAUUGUUUGCUUAUUAAUAAGAACAAAUAUUGAUUAGUUUAUUGACUGAAGAAGUCAGUUUUUGUUUUAUAUUGAUAGAAAUUUACAAAAAUACAGAUUUGGUACAAUCGGAUUCAAAAAAAGUACACUUUCAAAUGCAGUUUUGUAUUAUUUGAAAACAAAACAAAUUCUUAUGGAUUCUAUAAACUUUAAAUAGAGAUUUUAGAUCAUUACAGAAUGUCAAUACAUAGUUAAAUAUACAUAGAAACAUAUGUAUAUUUUUAAAAAGAUCAUUAAAUACUCAACAAUUUCGAUUGCCUCUUCAGAACUAUUCUCUGUGGAAUUUUGAUAUACCUGACAAAAAAAUCAUAACAAAAUACACCACAAAUCAGGCUUGUUAGAAACUCAUUAUUUUAAAAAUACAACUUUGAGUUAUUUCGAAAACACAGUUAAUAAUCAUAUACAAACAAAGCAUGGAUUUAAAAAAAAAUAAAAUUUUGUAUACAAAACAGUUUAUGUUAAAUGCCCUUUAAACCCAACACAAAAACCGGAAAUAGACAAUAAAAACAAAUUAAGAAGAAAAUAAAUUAUAUUUUUUCAAAUAGAAAGAAAAUUAUAAACAAUGUAUUUACCCCAAAUAAAAAAAACACAUAAAAACAUAAAUGGAAAUUUUCAAAAAAUAUUUUCCAUAUAAAACAAAAAUAAAAAAAAAUAUUAAAAAAUUACUUAUCAAUCGCUUAGAAAUUUUGCUCAGCAAAAUUAAAAUAAAUUUUCAUUGUGUAAAUAUUGUUUUUUGUUGCAUUUUAUUGUUUCUUUUUAGUUUUUAAAACUUUUUUUCAAAAAAAUUAAAACAAAAAAUCAUUAAUUA